CCUAUCCUGCCAUCGCUUCGCCAUUCCAUUCUUCCUUCGCUCCUCACUCAAACGCCAAAAUGACUGCCCAACAAGGAACCAAGAAGCUGGUGAUAGUCCGCAAUGACGCCCCGGAUGCCGACAACAUAGCAGCAUUUAUGCUUCUGUUACAAUGGGCAAAAAACGCGCCUGACGUCGAAUUGGUUAUCAUAUUUGAGCCUCGGCCUGUUGACUUUAGCCUGGCAAUUUUGAAACCUGAUGACCAAAAACAAUUGGACAGGUUACUCAAGCGUCACUUCCCUGAACUCGGAAAUCCCCUCAAGAUUCGCCUAAAUGGCUUGUUGACAGAGCAGGCUAUAAGCCAGGUUACAAACCUCAGCGAAGAAGACCGGGCUUUGAGGACCAAAGCUAAUGAUUCACUCAUGGCCAGGCGCCUGGACUCAGAGCUACAUGCUUCACUCAUGGCCAGGGACCUCGCAAGGUGCCUCAACGAACUGCCAGGAACAUCUCGAAGCCAGGCCAAAGUAACCAUCCUGGUGGAUAUGGAUGCACUGUCUGAUACGAGUCCUGUGAAUCUCAAGUGUCACGCCCAAGAACAGCUGUUCAACCGCACUCCGGAAGAGAUCAGUGAAUUCUAUGGUUUCAUGAACCUACCUCGUCUUCAAAGGCAGGAAGAGAUCAGGCAAUGGUACAAAAACCGUAUCAAAGAAGCCGAUGAGAAGCUGCAGAACUCCAGCAUCGAUGUAGGCUGUCUUGAUUUCCGUCAUUUGGCGGAACGGAUUAUGGCCGCAGAAGGCGCCAUUUACUGA